AUGAAGCUCAUCACCCUCAUUCUCCUCCUCGCCACCUGGCUCAUCCAGGCAGCCCUCACCUUCAAUGACACCUUCAAUGGCAACUUCAAUGGCAACUUCAACGUUACAUUCAAGGAGACCUUCAAGCAGAUCCCUAACCUCGUGGCGCUGGGAUACACCGUCCAGGGCUCAACCCCUAUCUCGGGCGACUUUGUGCACUACGACGUCUCGUGGGGUGCGACCUUCCUCACGGACCUGGCCGUCUACAAGGACAACAAGCACCCGGGUGUCCUCGCCGUGUUCAACGCGCAGACCGACGACGACACUCGCCCCGAGGCGCUCCCCCUCCGCGACAUCCAGCUGGGCGUCUGGGCGUACUCUAUCGGCCGUGAUGCCGCCGACCUGCUCUACAUCAAGUACCUGGACGUCGUAGAGCCUGAGCUCGUGGAGGUCACGCCCCACGUGUACGAGCUGAUGGGCGUGCCUCAGUCGCAGGACUUGAUGAUCUUCCGAAACUACCACUCGGAAAACGAGGGCAAGGCGUACGACAUACUCCACAACGAGACCCCGUUCGGCAGUGGAGCGCAGAAGAUGACCGACGAGUUCGCGGAGAUGCAAGACAAGGAGGUCGAGGCGUUUUGGUACGAGGCGCAGGCCCCGGGUGUCUUCCACUUCACAAUCUACUUCUUCAUUUGA